AUGGAGGGAUGGAUUCCACGCGAGCAAAUAUUAGGUGUUGAAGCAAGAGCAAAAGUACCGGGAAAAUUCCUAGUUCAAGAAAAUCAUAUUGCUAAUCCACCCUCUCUGUUUUUAACGAUCCAAAACUUUUUAGCAGAUGAAAGUUACGGAACAACAAUUUUCUUGGAAAAAAUCUAUCCGAGACUGGAAUCUUGGUUCAACUGGCUUCAUAAAAAUCAAAAGGGUGGUGAAUCUACAACAUAUUACUGGAGAGGACGAAACAGUACAACUGACACAGAACUUAUUCCGAAGACUCCAGCUUCAGGGCUUGAUGAUUAUCCAAGAGCAUCUCACCCUUCGCCAGAUGAACGGCACCUAGACUUUCGAUGUUGGAUGGCACUUGCGUCUAAUGUACUAGCAAAUAUUGGAAAACGCUUAGGAAAAAAUAUACAUAGGUUCAAGGUUAUUUCACAAGAGUUGUUUGACAGCACGCUCUUGGAGAAAUAUCACUGGAAUCAAGAACAAAAAUCUUUCAACGACUUCGGACUUCAUACCAAUGCAGUUGAACUGGAUCAUAAAAACUGGACAAGGAUAGUUUAUAGAGAACCUAAACUAAAAUUUCUGGAGUCUUUUGGAUAUGUGAGUCUAUAUCCAUUGAUGCUAAGAAUUUUAGAACCCGAUUCAUUACAACUGUCUAACAUUCUUUCGGAUGUAACUAACAAGGAACUCUUGUGGACAGACUAUGGCCUUCGAUCACUUGCCAAAAAUUCUCCAUUUUAUCAGGUUUGGAAUACCAAAGAUGACCCCCCUUACUGGCGAGGUUCUGUAUGGAUUAACUUAAACUAUCUCACACUUAGCGGUCUAUAUCAUUAUGCAAAUAUUCCUGGGCUGCAUAAAAAGAUGGCCCGGGAUGUUUAUAAUCAGCUUAGGGUUAAUCUAGUUAAUAAUAUGUUAAAACAGUACAGAGAGACAGGUUUUGUGUUCGAAUAUUAUGACGACACAACGGGGGUGGGAAAAGGUGUUCAUCCUUUCAAUAGUUGGUCUUCGCUUGUUGUUAAUAUUAUUGCAGAAAAAUACUAG